GUUUUGAUGCGCAACGCGACAAGCUGCUGUCGUCACAGGUCAGGCUUGCAGGCAUUGCGAGCCUCCUCUCAGGCGCAAAUGGGGCCCCAUCUCCAUGUGCGCCAGAAAUACUCACCACCUGCGUGGGCCCCUGCAUGGCUGAAGGCCCCUGAGGAGCGAUUUAUGAUGGCGCUCCUGCCAACACCCGUCCAUGAAUGGCACCCCCCUGAUGUGCCUGAAGGAGUGCAGAUCUGGAUCAAGAGGGAUGAUCUCAGCGGCUCACAGUUGAGCGGCAACAAGGUCAGAAAGUUGGAGUUUCUGGUGGCCGACGCAUUGGAGCAGAAGGCUGACACGCUUGUAACUAUUGGUGGCAUCCAGUCCAACCACUGCCGGGCCACGGCAGUCGCAGCAAGGUAUGCAGGGCUCGACUGCCAUCUCGUCCUGCGCAACAGCCGGCAUGCGGCCGAGCAGGACCCGGGGCUGGUCGGGAACUUACUGGUAGAUCGCAUGGUUGGCGCCCAUAUCCACCAGGUCACAAAGGAGGAGUAUGGCAAGGUUGGUGGAACCAGGCUGGUCCAUCACCUGAGGGACUUGUUGCAGUCGCAAGGGAAGCGGCCGUAUGUGGUGCCACUGGGCGGCAGCAAUGCAUUGGGCAGCUGGGGCUACCUGCAGGCUGCCCAGGAAAUGCUGGAGCGGUUUGGCAAGGGCGCCAUCACUGACAUAGUCAUGGCAUGUGGCAGCGGAGGGACGACAGCGGGGAUUGCUCUGGGGAAUCACCUCAGCGGAUUUGGGGCGCGCGUGCAUGCCUAUGGGGUGUGUGACGACGAGGAGUAUUUUUACAAUUUCAUUGAUGGAAUAUUUGCCGAUCUCGGCGCCACGCCCGACACAUCACGGGACCUCCUCAUUGCGCAUCAGGCUAAAGGUGCUGGAUAUGCAAUCAGUAGACCAGAGGAGCUGCAGUCCAUUCUGGCAGUCUCUCAUGCUACAGGUAUUGUCAUGGAUUCAGUAUAUUCUGGGAAGGCAUUUCACGCAUUCCAAAAGGACAUGCAGACAAACCCUGCCGAAUGGAAAGGGCGGAAAGUAUUGUUUCUGCAUACUGGAGGCCUCCUUGGUAUGUACAGUGAGGCCGCAGAGCUGCAGACUUUG